AUGGAGUUGGAGCACUUCGACGAUCGGGACAAAGGUCAGAGGCACGGCCGCUCCAGUGCGCGGAUGAACGGGGUGGCGAGCCCGACGCACAGCGCCCACUGCAGCCUGUACCGGACCCGCACCCUGAAGACGCUGAGCGCGGAGAAGAGGGCCAUGAAGGUCCGCUUCUACCGCAACGGAGACCGCUACUUCGACGGGAUAGUGUACGCCAUCUCCGUGGACAGGUUCCGGACCUUUGACGCACUGCUGGCCGAUCUGACCCGCGCUCUAUCCGACAAUGUCAACCUGCCCCAGGGGGUCCGGACCAUCUACACCCUGGAUGGCUCCAAGAAGAUCACCUGUGUUGAUCAACUUGUGGAAGGUGACAGCUACGUCUGCAGCUCCAUUGAAGCUUUCAAAAAGUUGGAUUACACAAAGAACGUCAACCCCAACUGGUCGGUGAACGUCAAGGCGGCGGCGGCGUCCUCCCGCGGCCCUCCCUCCCUGGGCAGCGCCAAGGCCAGCGGACCGGAGAACCGCGAGAACAAGGAGUUCAUACGUCCGAAGCUGGUGACAGUGGUGCGGAGCGGCGUGAAGCCCCGCAAGGCUGUGAGGAUCCUGCUGAACAAGAAGACCGCCCAUUCCUACGAGCAGGUCCUCACCGACAUCACUGACGCCAUCAAGCUUGACUCCGGAAUAGUGAAGAAGAUCUACACACUGGAGGGGAAACUGGUGUCAUGUUUGCAGGACUUCUUCGGGGACGAGGACAUUUUUGUUGCGUGUGGACCGGAGAAGUACCGCUACCAGGAUGACCUGAUGCUGGACGAAGGCGAGUGUCGUAUGAUGAAGUCGGUGAACUACGGGAAGAUGUCCGGCUCUCUGACCAGGACCUCCCCUAGAACCGUCGUCCAAACCCGACGCAGCAAGUCUCCUGCUUCCUCGGGUUCUUUGAACGGGACGCCGGCCAGUCAGCUCUCCACUCCUCAUUCGGGAAAAUCUCCCAGCCCCUCCCCGACCAGCCCGGGCAGCCUCAGCCAACGCCGGGGGUCCCAGGGUUCUUCCAGCUCUCUGUCUUCCGCCCAAGUCUCCAGCUCCGUGGAGGAUGGGGAUGGACUCGUCACUGAAGCCGAGGUUCUCGUGGAUGAGGUUCCAGCUGUGCCAUCCUACAUAUCAGACCGUUACAAGGUGGGACGCAUGCUCGGCGACGGGAACUUUGCCGUGGUCCGAGAGUGCGUGGAGCACACCACAGGACGGGAGUACGCUCUGAAGAUCAUCAACAAGGGCAAAUGCAGAGGAAAGGAGCACAUGAUCCAGAACGAGGUGGCGAUCCUCCGCAGAGUCAAACAUCCAAAUAUCGUGCUGCUGAUAGAGGAGGUGGACACGUACAACGAACUCUACCUGGUCAUGGAGCUGGUCAAGGGGGGAGAUCUGUUCGACGCCAUCACCUCGGCCAACAGAUACACGGAGCGAGACGCCAGUGGCAUGCUCUACAACCUGGCCAGUGCCAUCAAAUACCUCCACAGCCUCAACAUUGUGCACAGAGACAUCAAACCAGAGAACCUGCUGGUGUAUGAGCAUGCAGAUGGCAGCAAGAGCCUGAAGCUGGGGGACUUUGGCUUGGCGACCGUGUUGGACGGACCCCUCUACACCGUCUGUGGGACCCCGACAUAUGUAGCACCCGAAAUCAUCGCAGAAACAGGUUAUGGCCUUAAGGUGGACAUCUGGGCAGCUGGAGUCAUCACCUACAUCCUACUGUGUGGUUUCCCCCCCUUUCGAGGGAGCAGCGACGAUCAAGAAGUGCUUUUUGAUCAGAUACUAAUGGGACAGCUGGAAUUUCCCCUCCCGUACUGGGACAAUGUGUCGGAGACAGCCAUGGAGCUGAUCCGAUCCAUGCUGGAGGUGGAGGUGGACCAGAGAUACUCUUCCCUCCAGGUGCUCGAGCACCCCUGGGUCACCGACGAAGGUCUAUGUGAGAAUGAUCACCAGCUGUCAGUAGCAGGGAAGAUUAAGAAGCACUUCAACACCAGCCCCAAGGUCAACGACACCACUGCAGGAGUGUCAGUCAUUUCUGCCACCGCUCUUGAUAAGGAGGGGCAGGUUCUCAGACGAGGACGCCACCCGGAUGUGAAGUCUCCCUCUCUGACCCCUCCCCCGUACCCCAGCCUCCCGUCCGACUCUGACGACAGCUCCAUCAGCUCAGCCAGCGCCGUCUGCUCCCCCAGCUCGCCCUUCUAGAGAGCAGGUGGAGGAGAAGAUGUGCAGAGGAGGAAGCGAGGAGAUACAUAUCCUCAUCCAUCUCCUCCCUCUGCAUGGAGGAGGAGGAAGAGGAGACGCUGGGGGUGAAAGGGGGGAAAACUGUGGACGAGAAAAAACUUUUAUCUUCCCUGAAUCCAUCUUUCCAAACUUGGAGGAGAGAUCGAUCAAAGGGUGGAGACCUUUGAGUGAGAAAAGAACUAAAGAGGCAACAAGAAACAGGGAUCACGAGGAAGAGGGAGAGGGGCAGAACGAGGUGAAAGACUUUUCUUUAUUUCCUUUUUUAACGUUCUCUCACCUGAGCACAUGUUGCAGGGCUCAAGGAGCGAGGAAGGGCGACAGUGUGUUGUUUACCCUUCAGUGAUGAUCCGGGCUCAACAUGGAAACUUCCUUAUGGCGGAGCAGCUCUACAAGGCAAUAUGAGAAUAUGGACUAAUGUUCAUGUUUUAUUGAACCUUAUUUAUUCAUUAUUAUUCAUACUCUUUUUCUUUCUUUUUAUUGAUUAUGUAUUUUCCUUUUUUCAUUGAGGACAACCUUUUCUUGACUUGUCCUAUAGAGCUUUGUGGAAUAAUGACAUAAUGGAACUAGAAGUAGAAGCUCAGAUUGUGAGGUAGGCCUGAGCAUAGACUUGAUAAACAGUGUAAUGUUGAAAAAACGAGCGGAGAAAGGACUUUUUUUAUUACAAGUUUAUUACUGUGUUCAAGAAAGCAGUGUUCACUGAAAGCUACAUCUAAGACAGCACUUGUGCUAUAAUCCUGUGCUCAACACAGUAUUGGCAUUGCCUUCCUGUAACGUUGGAUUGCAGUUUUACAGUUUACAUUUUACACGGACUGCUAUUACGACUUUAAUGGUGCAUUGGAUCGCUCCUUGAAAUUUCUGCUUCAUCCAUAGCAUCUUUCCAUAUAAAUUUCCAGAAUUUGGGUGCUUGUGUAGCAAACUCACCAUUUGAAGUAUUUCCCCUUGAUGCACUCAAUGUCCCUCAAUCAUUCCAUGUUGAUAUCUUGUUUAUUUUGUGACGCUCAUGUACUUGAAGCCUUGUUUACUUUUUUUCCAAAACACUGAAGACAUGUUUCCUCCACAUAUUCCAGCAGUGAAGAAAAGUGUAGUUGUUGCGACACUUCUUUGUGGCUUUGGAGAAAUGUUUCAGGUACAGUUUCGGAGAGCGACUGCCUAUUUGCACAAAGUACUGCGGGUUGGGUGCAGUCACACAGGUCUGACAGAGUCAAUAUGGAUGCCGUAGAACCAGCAGCACAAUAGAGAAGCAGUACAGGUGAAGAGGAUUUUAUUUCAGCUCUGUACAACCUCAUUCAUGGCUUCAUUUAUUCAGACGGAAGCGUGACAGACAUUCAGUAGCGUAUUCUUAUAAAACAAAAAAAAUGCAGUUUAGUGAUGAGGUGUUUGUUUUAUAUGUUAUGUAAAUAACAUAAUUUUAUUUAUUUUGAUAGUCCAGAAUACAGUAUAUUUAUUUACUGGUAGAGAACUCAGUCAUACGUGUGUGUCAGCAAAAGAAAAAAAUUAAAUCAGGUCGAAAUGAAACGGUAACGUUGAAAAAGACCUGACGUUGCACCGCUUACAUUCAUCUACACGGACGAAGUGAGACGACCAUUUCUUCUUCUUGUCGGACACUGGGAACGAUGUCACUUCCUCUGUAAAAGCAAAGGGAUUCCCAAUAACUGAUGUGAGGAAAAAAAAAAAAACAGAAGAUGCGGGAUGCAGGGGUUUUCUCUUUUCAGAUUUUUCUCCCUGCCGUUGUCACACGUGUCUAGAAGUUUGUGUAUUUGUUCCCAUCGUCACACAUAGACAGUGAUGUGCCGUCAUAU